UCACUCAUAGACAUUUCUUUCACCUCAAAUGUUUUACCUAAUUUGCUACAAAUUCUUCUCACACAACAAAAUAACAUUUCAUUCUUGGGGUGUAUGACUCAAAUGUAUGUUUUUGUGUCCUUGGCUGCCAGUGAAUACUUUCUCCUGACGGCCAUGGCAUAUGAUCGUUAUGUUGCCAUCUGUGAUCCCCUUCAUUACAUUGCCCGAAUGAGCAGGAAACACUGUGCUGGGCUUAUAACUGCAGCAUUCACUGUUGGGUUUGGUGAAUCCAUGGGCCAUCUUGUACUUAUAUCUAAACUAUCAUAUUGUGCUUCCCAUCUUAUUAACCAUUUUUUCUGUGAUGUCACACCAUUGCUAAAACUUUCCUGCAGCAGCACUUUUAGUGUGGAACUUUUUAUUUACAUUGUAGGGACAUUGCUGGGUUUCAGUUCCUUCCUCCUUACUCUGACCUCAUACGUAUUUAUCAUCUCUGCUAUCCUGAAAAUACAAUCCUCAGAGGGGAGACAAAAAGCCUUUUCUACCUGUGCUUCUCACCUGACCUGUGUGAUGACCCUUUAUGGGACAGUUAUUUGCCUGUAUAUGAGACCCACCACAAGUUAUUCCCUGGAAAGAGACAAGUAUUUCUCACUGCUGUACAUUGCCCUGGGCCCUGUCUGGAAUGGCCUGCAUCCAGAGAUGAUAUGCAAGAGAAUCGAUCCUUUGGAAGGAGGUCGGCCAGUUUUUGAGGCCUAA